AUGGGUGAACCAUGUGUUCCUGCACUUUGGGCUGCACAGGUAGAUGUAAAUGUACUUCCGCUUUACGUUGGUGCGUCUGUGCGUAAGUGGGGGGGUUUUCUUUCGGUUGCCGCCACCAUCGCUGUUCCCUCUUGCGGUGUAUGGGCAGACACCCCAGCAGCGGCCUUCGCGGAGCAGGCAGAUUGCAACAGAGUUUCUUGCAGCCGGAGUCGUGAGUCCUCCUCUCCCCCCUCUGCAGUAGAUGCAUCAUGCGCGCCCUGUAAGGAGGAGUUAAUCUUGAGGGAUACGCUGGUUCUGAAAGCCUUGCAGAAACAGAGGCCGUGCGUCCUCUCUGGAUUCCCCCUUAAAUUGCUGGGUGCUCCCACACCAACAGUUCCACACUCACACCCCUACCUCGCGCAAGCUAUCCCCGCGGCUCUGCCAGGCCCCUUCGCACGACUCAGCGCUCCUAUCCACACAAAUUCAAGUCCGUCCACCCUUCGGAAUCUCAACCCCCAAGGCUUGGAAGCCUUCCACACGCUUCAACUCGUCUCGACUCCGGCAAGGCCUUCUGCAACAGGCUCCCCAAGCGCAUGCACGUACGCGCCCUCGCCAGCCAGCCAUCACAACCCCGACACCGAGGAUGGCGGAGAGAACGCUAUUGGGGCGGCUCGACUGCAGACGCUGAGCCUCUCGAGAGCUGCCUUACCACGCAUUCCCACAAAAGCCGGAAACAUUCCGGGGAGCAGCAGCAUAAGAAACCCCUUCCCCUCCUGGAUGCCCGUUGAAGAAGAAACGCCGCGCGUUUGCAUCUCAAGUGCAUCCGGAGAUAUUUCGCAAGAACACUUUGGGGAGAAGGCCGUGCGGGUCCUAGGAUGCGACUCGCUGCUAACGCUGGAGUCGCUUGGCGUUAGCGUGGUUUGCAGAAAGGGCUUCAAGCAGAACUCUCCAAACAACGAUGCCUUCUUUGUUUCCCACGCUCGGGGUUGCACUGUCUGCUGCAUUAUUGCUGGUCACGGCCAAUACGCCUUUGACGUGUGCAACAUUGUGCAACAAGACAUGAUGCGCCUAACUGCACACAAUCGGGCGCUGAGUGUACACCCCAAGAGGGUCCUGCGGAAAGCGUUUCUCACAGCACACAGCGAACUGGCAAGGACGUGCAAAGCCCGCAGGAUUGACAGCGAACUCAGUGGAGCCACUGUCACUGUGGCAGUCUACCUGAGGAAGCAGCAGCGGCUGGUGGUAGCCCACGUCGGAAACAGCCGUGCGGUGCUGUGCAAAAACGCCAGACAAGGUCACGGACUGCGAGCCGUGGAGCUGACAGCAGAUCAUCUCCCAACAAACAAAGGCGAAAGACGCCGCAUCACCAGAGCAGGUGGGGAGGUGAGGCUGCCUGAUGGCGAUGGUGUACACCGUGUGUUUUUUACGAAUAUGAAUGUGCCGGGGUUGGGCAUUGCCAGGGCUAUAGGAGAUACUCUGGCGUGUGGCGUUGGCGUUACGGCUGUUCCUGAUGUCAAGGAGUUUCGGAUCAAUCCUAAGCGGGAUGCUUUCCUCCUGGUGUGCUCCGACGGAGUGUGGGAUGUGAUGUCUUCCCAGGAAGCUGUGGACGCAGUGGCGUCCGCAGAAGCGGUGAGUGGGAGGGGAGGGUGGCAGUCCGCCCCAGAGGCGGUGGCCUGCGAGUCUUGGAGGCGCUGGAUCGACCGCGAGCUGAUUUUUGCAGACGAUAUAACGGCGCUGUGUCUGCGCUUCUCCAGAGGCGUGCAGACCUAG